AUGCUGAAAUCAACCCACAAACCAACCCUCCCGCCUCCUCUACCACCGGGAUGGACUGAACAUAAAGCUCCUACAGGUCAUACAUAUUACUAUAAUACCGAGAAUAAGCAAUCUACAUACACGCGGCCGGCAUCAAUUGUAGCUCCUCCUCUACCACCUGCUCCAGAUCCAACCCAAAGCUUUCUCCAAUACCAAUCUGUUGGAAAUUCAAUACCAAGUGCUGGGCCGAAUUUCAACAGUUUUUCUUCUCGAGACCAAGGACCGAAUCAAGGUGAAAGAGGUGGCUCUCAGGGUCAUCGAGGGGGUAGAGGUGGUCAUGAUCGUUCGCGAGAAAAUCGACCACAGCCAAAUGACAAACCAAAAUCGCGUUUUCCUAUUCCUGAAUGCGAACCUUGGGUCCUUGUACAUACCAAAUAUGGAAGAAGAUUUGUUUACAAUACUGAGAAGGAACAAAGUUAUUGGCGCAUACCGGAUAAGCUCAAGGAUGGCAUCUUAAAGCUGGAUCAAUUGAGAAUAAAAGAAAAAGCGGAUGCACUCAUCAAGGAGCGGAACGAUGAAGCAAUCCCUGAAGUGUCUGGUCCCGCGCAGAUUCCGAGCAUGAGAAAAAAGGCUGUUGAAAUUCCAGAUCACGAUGGAGAAGAUAGUUCCGAAUAUGAAGAAGUGGAGGUUACGGAUGAUGAAGGAGAAGACGGUGAAGAAAAUCCCUCGAAACGGCAGCGAACCGAAGAUUUAAAUCCUGAAGAGCCUGUUGAGUUUAAUGAAGACGAUAUCGCAUACCAGCUCGCAGCUAUGGGACAAGAAUAUGGACUAGAUCCUGGCGAAUAUGAUGAUGGCAAUAUGGAUGAGUGGGAACCGGGUGCUGAGGGAUUGGAGUUUACGUUUGAAGAUUCAGCCGCUCUCUUCAAGGAUUUACUCAACGACUUUGGUAUAAGUCCAUACUGGCCAUGGGAGAAAUUGAUUGAAGAUGGGAAAAUUGUGGAGGAUACUCGUUACACAGCUCUCACAAAUAUGAAAUCACGACGGGAAGUAUGGGAUGAAUGGUCAAAGGAAAAGAUUACACAACUUCGAGAACUACGAGCCAAAGAAGAGAAGAAGGAUCCCAAAAUUCCAUAUUUGACCUUCUUGCAAAAUCAUGCAACACCAAAACUAUAUUGGCCAGAAUUCAAACGGAAAUAUAAAAAGGAAGCGGAAAUGAGAGACACAUCAUUGUUAGACAAAGAUCGCGAAAAGCUUUACAGAGAACAUAUCAAUCGACUAAAACUUCCACAGUCGACUUUAAAAUCGGAUCUUUCCACGCUCCUCAAAUCUCAAUCCCUGGCUAUUUUGAACAAAGCGACUCUCAUCUCUCAUCUACCUCCAACCAUACUUGGAGACAUUCGAUAUAUUUCCCUCGAGGCACCUGUCAGAGAUGCUUUAACCGAAGCUUUCAUCACUACUUUACCUCCACCACCCGAGUCCGCCGCGGUUGAAGAAGACGAGGAAGCGAUUAAGCAGAGAUUGGAAAAGGAAAGAAGGCAGAAAGCACAUAUAGAAAGAAAUUCAUAA